GCAGCCUUAGGAUCAGUGAUUUGGCUAGUGCCGCAACAUGCCAUGAGCUGCUCGCACUGGCUGUUCGAAGAGUUGUGCGAAUGUGGCACGCUGGCGUUGGAGAAUCCGUGGCCAGCUAUUCCGCUGCUUACCCAUUCGAGCUAGUCACCCGCAUGGCCAGUGGUGCCGUCUCUGCUUUUCGUAGUCAGGCACCGGCCUUGCCUUUAGGAAGAUCCAGCAGCUAUGCCAUUAGUCGAAUUUUGCAGGGCUCUCUCGCCUAUAUUUUGGGCUCGGGGCUGUACCCAGGAUGUUUGCAUUGUCCUCGUGCUCGCAGGGGGCCGAUGGAUCUUAGUGUGGGUUUUGUGAAGGAGACUUCUUCACGCAUGCAGAGGUGCGUGGAUGCUUUUCAACUUUGGUGCACCGAGUGGUUGCGAAUAAUUUUUUCAUCUUUGCUUCAGGAUAUGUCCUUGAUGGCUCAGAGCUUAUGGUUUGUAUUGUUUCGAGGAAGGUUUGCCUCGGUAUCUUUUUGUUUACACUUUGACUGGCGUGCAAGAGUUUUAUCCUUCAAUCCGAUCACAUCUCGGAAUUGCCUGGCAAAUAGACAAAAAGUGGCAGAUUCAUGAACCCGGACAGUGCAGAUCAGUGCUUCCUGCAAUGGCUGUCAAGGCCGCUUUGUGCUUGGCAGCUCUUUGGCAAUGGCGUGAGUGGCUUGGGGUGGUUAUGUUGGGAUUUGCAGCUAUGCUGCACCCUUCAGAGAUGUUGGCCCUGAAGCGAAGUGACUUUUUUUUUCCCAAAGACUUGGGUUAUGAAGCUGCAGGAAUGUUCAUUCACAUUGCCGACCCUAAGACUGCGAGAUUCUCGAGACGCCAGCAUGGGCGCAUUGAUGACAGUGACAUUAUUUGGAUUGCUGAACGUUUGUUUGGUGAGCUCCCUUUAACUGCAAAGCUAUAUCCUUUUUCUGCCUCGACAUUAGGAAACAAUGGGAUGCUGUGAUGAGCCGCUUGGGCAUUCCUCAUCGUCAGACAGAUCGGGGUGCAACUCCAGGGGUGCUGCGAGGCUCUGAUGCGACUUUUCUUUAUAGCACUUCUGAAGAUGUUUCUUGGGUGGCAUGGCGAGGUAGAUGGAGUCGUGUGAGAACUUUAGAGUAUUAUUUGCAGGAGGUUGGAGCUCAGCUGUUAGUCCACAGUCUAGAUCCUGUAUCAAAAAAAGAUGAUUGAAGAGUUUGCAACUUUUGCUUGGCCCGUGAUUCGUUCCUUGUGUCUUACAGAGUAGCCAAGUGGAAUUGAUCUGGCAAUGUGUGUUGUCUUCUUAGCUGAGACUGUAGAGAUGGCCACAGUCAGUCGUUCGAACUCCAUGGUGUCUUUCUUGUGACUGGCCUAACAUGGGCCUUGAAAAACGGGGCAGCUUCGAGAAAGCAGGCAAAACAGUGAGAUAUAUAUAUAUAUAUGUAU